UUUAAGUCAACAAAAUAUUUUCCCAGAAAUUAAAAAUAAAGAAAGUUGAAAAUGUACUGAUUCAAAGGUUCAAAGUUCAAAUUAUUAUGUCCCUUUCACUAGGAAUUUUCUUGGCUUAAUUGAAAGGUUCAAAGUUCAAAUUAUUAUGUCCCUUUCACUAGGAAUUUUCUUGGCUUAAUUCAAUAUAUCUCUUGGAAUUGAAUAAUUGGAAUAAUAUUUUUCUUAUCUCUGAAAUUACAAAGAAAAGAGAAACCAAUCACUUAAGAAAAUGAAAUGUAAAUGAUUUAAUUUUUAGAGUCAAGAAUGUGACAUCUUCAAUUUAUUUUCUUAUAUAAGAGAAUGAAAAUAAUAACCCAGUUUUAUACCCAUCAAGCUUUACAAAAUAAUUAAUCAGUCAUCACCAUGAAUAGUGUUCUUGUUUUUGUUCUUCUUCAUAUUUUUGUGUUGUCUUUGGUUCCAUUGAAGAUUGAUUCUUCACCAAGAACACAAGCAGAGGCUCUAAUAAGAUGGAAGAUGAGCUUGGAGUUGAAACCAUCUUCUCUUGAUUCAUGGUCCAACAACAACAUCAUUAAUCUUUGCAAUUGGACUAAUGUUGUAUGUGAUGGUUCCAAUGGAGAAAUCUCACAAAUACAUCUCUCCAACUUGGAACUCAAUGGAAAAUUGGACAACUUCAACUUCUCUCCAUUUCUUAACAUCACUGUCUUCAACCUCAGCAAAUGCGAGCUCUCGGGAUUUAUACCAACAGCCAUUGGUAAUCUCACCAACCUCACUUUGUUGGAUCUUUCUGAGAACUAUUUCACUGGUCCAAUUCCAACUUCACUGUGGAGCCUUAACAACCUCAUCAUUCUAGCCCUUUACAACAAUAGUUUGAGUGGUUACAUCCCACCAGAAAUUGAAAAUCUACAACUCUUGUCAACUUUUGAUGUAAGCAACAACCAAUUAUCAGGAGUGUUGUCAUCUAACAUUUCCAGACUGAGUAACUUGGAGAGAUUAAGUGUUUUCACCAAUAAUUUCACUGGUAUGAUUCCUUCAGAGAUUGGAAACUUGAAGAAACUUAAAAGAUUGGAUCUUUCUAAGAACCAUCUCACUGGUCCAAUUCCAACCUCUCUAUGGAACCUAAGAAAUCUCAUCUUUGUGCGAAUUUUCGAAAAUAAUCUUUUUGGAACCAUUCCUCAAGAGAUUGGAAAUCUAAAACUUUUGUCAACUUUUGAUGCAAGAACCAACCAACUAUCAGGAGAGUUGCCAGUUAAUAUUUCCAGUCUUAGUAACUUGGAGGUGUUCUCUGUUCAUACCAAUAAUUUCUCUGGGACAAUCCCUAGAGACUUUGGGAAAAAUAAUCCUAAUUUGAAGAUCGUUAUGUUUGGAAUCAACAAUUUCUUUGGACAGUUGCCACAAGGUUUGUGUAGAAGCUUCAAUCUAGAGUAUUUGGGUGUAAACAACAACAGAUUUACUGGCCAAUUGCCCGAGUGCCUGAGAAAUUGCACAAAAUUAAGAAGAGUAAGGCUUGAUGGAAAUCGAUUCAAAGGUGACAUAACCAAUGCAUUUGGUGUUCACCCACGCCUUAUUUCCAUGUUCUUAAACAACAACCAAUUCAUUGGUCAUGUUUCAAGUACAUGGGGACAAUGUCAGAAUCUCACCAGAUUACAGUUGGGUCAAAAUAAAAUCUUUGGAAGGAUCCCUUCAGAACUCGGGAGUUUGACAAAGUUGAAAGUUUUGAGCUUAGAUUCCAACGCGUUGAGUGGGGAAAUUCCAACUCAAUUAGGAAAUCUAAAAGUUUUGUACCAGCUUAAUCUCAGCAAUAAUCAUUUGACAGGCAAAAUCCCUACAAGCUUAUCAGGUUUGAGUGAGCUAGAGGUUCUUGAUUUUUCAGCAAACAAUUUAUCAGGUGAAAUACCACACUGGUUAGGUAAUUAUAAAGGAUUGGUGAGCUUAAACCUCAGUCAUAAUAUGCUAACUAGUGAGAUACCAACAGAGCUUGGAAAUUUGGUGUCUUUGCAACAUGUAUUGGAUCUCAGUAGCAAUUUACUCAUUGGAAAGAUUUCCUCAAGCCUCUCAAGGCUUACAAAGUUGGAAAUUCUCAACAUAUCUCAUAACCACUUGUCAGGUAAUAUUCCACACACAUUUUCCAACCUAAUAAGUAUAAGUUACAUCGAUUUUUCAUUCAACAACUUGACGGGUUCAAUCCCAACUGGAGGAAUUUUCCAAAAUGCAAGAACAAAUGCUUAUUAUUAUGGAAAUGUUGGUCUAUGUGGAAACUCUACAGGACUUAAGCCAUGCAAAACUCAUACCAGCAGAAGUAAAAGUGCUCUAAUUUUAAUUAUUAGUCUCGUUUGUGGCCUAGUUUUUGUUACUACCAUUGUAAUCGCUCUCAUAUUGUGCCAUAAAUUCAAAGUGUUAGAUAAACAAAGGAAAACUUCUAACCAAAAUGACACUCGCCAAUCAUUGAUGAUAUGGGAGAAGGAAGCAAAAUUCACUUUUGGAGAAAUUGUAGAGGCAACAGAAAACUUUGAUGACAAGUAUUGCAUUGGGAAAGGAGGCUUUGGCACUGUUUACAAGGCUAUAUUGAGAUCACAUGAGUUGGUUCUUGCAGUUAAGCGGUUACACAUGUCAGACACGAGUGAUAUUCCAGAAGUUAGUCGCAUAAGUUUCGAAAAUGAGAUUCAAACUCUAACAGAAGUCCGACAUCGAAACAUCAUAAAGCUUUAUGGAUUUUGUUCAAGAAACAAUGGUUUAUACUUGGUGUAUAAGUAUGCAAACAAGGGUAGUCUUGCCAAAGUAUUAUACGAUUCAACAGAUCUUGAUUGGGAUUCAAGGGUGAAAAUAGUUCAAGGAUUGGCUCAUGCAAUCUCAUACUUACACCAUGAAUGUUCUCCACCAAUUAUUCAUCGUGACGUGUCCUUAAACAAUGUACUACUUGGCUCUGAUUUUGUUCCCAUAUUGUCAGAUUUUGGCAUUGCACGUUUGUUGAUCCCUAACUUGUCCAUUUGGACAACUGUGGCUGGAUCGUAUGGCUACAUGGCGCCAGAGCUAGCUUUAACCAUGCGUGUGACAGAGAAAUGUGAUGUCUACAGUUUUGGAGUAGUAGCUUUAGAAAUUAUGAUGGGAAAACACCCGGGAGAACUGUUGGAAUCUUUAUCAUCAGCUCGUUCGAAAACAUUAUUAUUAGAGAAUAUACUAUUGAAAGAUGUGUUAGAUCAACGGUUGUUACCUCCUAGUACUGGGCGAUUAUCAAUGGAUGUGGUGUUAAUAGUGAGCUUGGCAUUGUCAUGUACUAGAAGUAGACCAGAGUUACGUCCCACCAUGCAUUUGAUUUCACAAGAAUUGUCAACAAAGAGUGCUCGGGCUUCCAUCAUCUCUGAGCCAUUCGAAACCAUUACAAUUGAGAAGCUUGCUGCACCUCUUUAUGAUUAGUAGUAGUAAGAGUAAAUAUUUAUUUAACUAAUGAGAAUUACUCAUGACUUGUAUGAUGUAACAUUAUGAGCCAAUACAUUUGCACA